AUGGCACCUUCGAGAGCGGCAGCCUCAAAAGCUUUGCUGCGCCCACUACAUGGAGACCACGGCAGGGGAUUUGCCUCUUCGUCAGCCUCGACCUCAUCUUCAUCUUCAUCUUCUUCACCUGCAUACACAUCCGUCAACCCUGCCGAGGUGGCGCAUUUCAAUGCCCUCGCCUCCUCCUGGUGGGAUCCCCAUGGGUCCUCACGCAUCCUCCAUCUCAUGAACCCGCUCCGCCACGACUUCAUCCGUUCCUGCCAUGCCGUCCAGCCCGAACCCCUCUCGCCAGCCCACAAGCUUCGCUAUCUUGACGUCGGCUGUGGCGGCGGCAUCUUCGCCGAGUCCGCGGCCCGCCUGCCCACCACCGCUUCCGUCACCGCCGUCGAUCCCACCCCGGAGGUGCUCAAGAUCGCGAGAGCCCACGCCGCCAGGGAUCCCUCCCUGGCCAGCAAGCUCCAGUAUGUCAGCGGGACAAUCGAGACCCUGCCCUCCCCAGGAGAUGAAAGCGACAGGUACGACAUUGUCAGCCUGUUCGAGGUCAUUGAGCACGUGGACACGCCGUCUGCUUUUCUCGAGCGGUGCGGCCAGUUCGUGAGACCCGGCGGCUGGCUCGUUCUGAGCACCAUCGCCCGGACGUGGACGAGCUGGUUCACGACUAACUUCAUGGCUGAGGACGUGCUCAAGAUCGUGCCCAAGGGAACUCAUGACUGGUCCAAGUACAUCAACUCCGAGGAGCUGAGGAGGUACUUUGCGCAGAGGCCGGGCUGGAGCGCUCCCAGGGUCAUGGGUGUGGUCUACGUUCCCGGCUUAGGUUGGAAGGAGGUGCCUGGGAGCGAGGCAGUGGGGAAUUAUUUCUUCGCCGUGCAGAGGGAGGAAGCCCGAUCCGAGGCAUGA